AUGUCUAUUCUCACUUUUACUUCUGCUUCUCUUGCUUCUUACUACCAUCUCCUGUUUACUAUUCUUGCCUUGUUCAUUUCAGGUCUUAUUUUCUUGAUUUCUCGAAAAUCCAAAUCCAAAAGCUUAAACUUCCCUCCAGGUCCACCCGGUUGGCCUAUUGUAGGAAAUCUUUUCCAAGUUGCUCAAUCAGGCAAGCCUUUCUUUGAAUAUGUUGGUGAUUUGCGUUCAAAAUAUGGUUCGAUUUUUACUCUAAAAAUGGGGACAAGAACAUUGAUCGUCAUCAGCGAUGCGAAAUUAGCUCACGAAGCACUCAUUGAAAGGGGUGCUUGCUUUGCAUCGAGGCCUCGAGAAAACCCAACAAGGACCAUCUUUAGCUGCAACAAGUUCAGUGUCAACGCGGCAGUUUAUGGUUCCUUAUGGCGGUCGCUGAGGCGAAACAUGGUGCAAAACAUGCUCAGUUCAAGUAGGAUUAAGGAGUUUCGUAACGUGAGAGAGAGUGCAAUGGAUACACUCAUUGAUCGGCUUAGAACAGAAGCUGAGACUACUGAUGGAGUUGUUUGGGUGCUUAGACAUGUCCGUUUUGCAGUGUUUUGCAUACUUCUAGCCAUGUGUUUUGGUAUUGAAAUGGAUGAUAAAACCAUUGAAAAAAUGGAUCAGGUAAUGAAGUCAGUCUUGAUAGUUCUUGAUCCAAGAAUUGAUGACUUCCUUCCGAUUUUGAGCCCGUUUUUCUCCAAGCAAAGAAAAAGGGUAUCUCAAGUUAGGAAAGAGCAAGUAAAUUUCAUGGUUUCCCUAAUCGAAAAGCGAAGGAAAGCUCUCCGAAACCCUGGAUCAGACAAAUCGGCAAUGUCAUUUUCGUACUUGGAUACCCUUUUUGACCUAACAGUGGAAGGAAGGAAAUCAUCUCCAAGUAACGAAGAGCUUGUCACUCUUUGCUCAGAGUUCCUCAAUGGCGGGACUGACACCACCGCAACCGCCGUCGAAUGGGGCAUUGCACAGCUAAUUACCAAUCCUGAGGUUCAGACCAAGCUUUACAACGAAAUAAAAUCAACUGUUGGUGAUCGAAAAGUGGACGAGAAAGAUGUAGAAAAAAUGGAGUAUUUACAGGCAGUAGUAAAAGAAUUGCUACGUAAACACCCUCCUACAUAUUUUGUUCUAAGUCAUGCAGUUACCGAGCCCACAACAUUGGCAGGUUAUGACAUAUCAGUUGAAGCAAGUGUUGAAUUUUACUCUCAUGGCAUAGGGGAGGAUCCGAAAGUUUGGAACAAUCCCGAAAAAUUCAACCCGGAUCGGUUCGUGUCCGGUGGAGAGGAUGCCGAUAUCACCGGAGUGACUGGAGUGAAAAUGAUGCCUUUUGGUGUAGGAAGGAGGAUUUGCCCUGGUCUAGGGCUGGCCACCGUGCAUCUUCACCUAAUGGUUGCAAGAAUGGUUCAAGAAUUUGAGUGGACCGCCUAUCCACCAGGUAGCAAGUUGGAUUUCUCUGGCAAGUUGGAGUUUACUGUGGUUAUGAAGAAUAGCCUCAGAGCUAUGGUCAAGCCAAGGGUUUAA